AUGACCGUUGCCAUGUCGUCCGGCCAAGUGUGCCGAAAGUUGGUACGAUCGGGCGCGCAAGAAGCGACUUCUUCCGAGAGAUCUACCGACGACCACAAGCCAAGCGGGCCCCGAAACGGACCGUCGCGGUGCCACUUUCAGACUCAUUCUCGGAUUCACCCAUUUGCCCAACCUGGUCGCAGACAGAGACAUGUUCCGCCCCUGUCGGUGCAUGCGCAAGUCGGUGUCGGCUUGUAUGCUUGCCUAAAGGACCGCUUGAACGGGUCCGUGUGGAGGGGGGGCGGGGCGAAGGAAACGAACAAGUUGCAGUGA